GAAAAGAAACGAAAUUUUAAAAAUGAGAACAGAUUUUAGAAAUUUGGCGCACAGAAAACAAUUGGCGGGCAAAUCUCGUUUUCGCUUUGCCUUUAAUUUCUCCGAGAUCUAACGACUGUUCAUACAAUCAUUCAGACACAACCAGAGAGAUCUGAAACUAGAAGCCAUGGAUGCUGCUGCUCAGUAUCAAGAUCUGCCUCCUCUCAAAAGAUACAGACUGAUGCAGCGAGAUCUCGAAGCUGCGCAACAGAACCAACCGGAGACGAAGUCGUUGCAGUUGCCGGCCAAGAAGAGGAAGCAAACUCGAGUCGACUACGAUGACGACAACGAGAACUCUAACCCUACCUACCGUUGUCUUCCGGCGAAGAAAAGGAUCUGGGCGGUUGAUCCUGAUCUGCUCUCGGGUAACCCAUUUUCAUCUUUUGAUCUGAAUAUAGAGUAUAAGCCUUCUGUUGAGGAGAGUUCAAUAGAGAAAAAGUCAACUCUAGUGGUUGAAUCGAGUCUAGAGGUAGAAGAAGAUGAUGAUAAAGAGAAUAUAGAUCCUCUAGGGAAUGUAAAAGUGUUGGAUCUAGAACUAGAAGAUAGAGAAGAAGUAGAAGAUGAAGAUGGGAUUAUGUGUUCUGUUUGUCAAAGUACAGAUGGUGAUCCAACAAAUCCAAUUGUGUUCUGUGAUGGUUGUGAUUUGAUGGUUCAUGCUUCUUGUUAUGGGAAUCCUCUUGUUAAGGCUAUACCAGAAGGUGAUUGGUUUUGCAGACAGUGUAUGUCUUCGAAGAAGAAUCCAGUCUCUUGCUGUUUGUGUACAACUAAAGGUGGAGCGAUGAAACCUACGAAUGAUGGUCGAUGGGCUCACAUCACUUGCGCGUUGUUUGUGCCUGAGGUUUAUUUUGAGGAUCCUGAAGGAAGGGAAGGGAUUUGUUGUAGCGAGGUACCGAGUAGGAGAUGGAAAGAUAGGUGUUAUUUGUGUAACGUUAGGCGCGGGUGUGUUACUGAGUGUUCGGAGAUGAGAUGUCAGUUGGCUUUUCAUGUUACUUGUGGUUUGAAGGAAGAUCUUUGUAUUGAGUAUCGUGAAGGCAAGAAGACUGGUGGUAUUGUUGUUGGUUUCUGCAAUGAGCAUACCAAACUAUGGGAAAAGCAACAGGAAAGUGGAAAGUACAAGAUAGUUGCGAGAGAUGAAGAUAAAAAGUAGGAGAAAGCUCGAGGGCCAUGACCACCAUGCUUUUGCUUGCAACUCUGAAGCUUCCACUCAUGUACUUUUUUUUUUUNUUUUUUUUUUUUUUUUUUUUCUGAUUUUUAUUGUUAUUGUUAUUUGAUAAGUGAGAGUAGCCCUGGUGCUAAAUGCUGUCAAGUUUAUGAUAUUCUGAAAAAGCUAUGUUAAUUUUUUGGUCAUUCUUAUUCCAUUCUUGUUAUAUUUUAAAGCUUUCAAAGAGGUAGAGCUAGGCUUGAUGAUAGGCCUUGAUUCUCUUGUUC